AUGAAGCUUCUUUUCUUUACAACCCUAAAAACCAAACUCCUAAGCUUCUUACUUGCCAUUUUCAUAACUGGACCCGUAGCUUCCUCUCAAUUUCAGUUUGCCUACUGGCAUUGCCUAGAUGUUGGGAACUACACAAUCAAUGGCGCAUACCAAUACAAUGUCAUUAACCUCCUUCAUAACCUAACAAACCAAGCUUUUCUUUCAGGCUUUGGUAGCUCUUCCGUUGGUGAAGGACAAGAAAAAGUAUACACAAUUUACAAUUGCAGAGGUGACCUUGAUUCACAACAAUGCCAUGAUUGUGUGAAGGAAGCAGCACAGGAGAUCCUAGAGAGAUGCCCUUCUGAGAAAGAAUCCAUUGUUUGGUUCGAAGAGUGCAUGGUUCGGUAUGCAAAUCGCUCAUUAAUCUCCCUCAAAGAAGAGAGUCCUUAUUCUUGGGGUUAUUUAGCAACAGUAAAUGAUGACCCUAGUCCACAAUUAUAUUCUAUAGUUGCAGAGAAAAUUGAAGGUUUGAUAGAGCAAGCAGCCUACAACAGAGCUACAAGAGGUUUCGCUUUAGACAUAGCCAAUAUUGCACUCCUUGACAACCUAUAUAUACUGGUGCAAUGCACUGCAGAUAUUUUAGGAAUGCCAUGUGAAAGAUGCUUAAGAGCAGCAUUCAAAUCUAUGGCUGAAUACGCCGAGAUGGGAAAAAGUAUACCUUUGAUGAUGUUGUAUCCAAGUUGCCACAUUCGCUAUGAUCGUGAACCCAUUCUGCUAAAUGGGGCUGACUAUUCCCCAAGUUAUCCACCAUUGCCAGUUGCAGCUUCUCCAUCAAUUUAUAUAAUGCCACCAACCACAGGUAGUAUGCUACUGAAAUAA